GAAACAGGAGAGGAGCUGAGCGCCCUCCGCCGAGGGGCCCUCCCUGCAACCGCGCACAGGCGUCGUCGCUUGGAGGAGCAAGGUGCCUUCCUGCCCUCAAGGGCGCAGAGCACAAAUCCGCAAUCUCUUCGGUGGCUUUGCCCCGGGACUGCACCUGAAGGCGGCCCCGGACGGGGAUGGUAAGAGGCUGACGCCGUCUGGCAUGCAAGCGGGACGCGGCGAGGGCACCAUGGUGCUGAUGCCCCGGAGGGGCUCCUCUACGGGGCUCGUCCGGCCUGAGCUCUGGUUGCUGCUGUGGGCAGCUGCGUGGCGCCUGGGGGCGACGGCGUGCCCCGCCCUCUGCACCUGCACUGGCACCACGGUGGACUGCCAUGGCACGGGGCUUCAGGCCAUCCCGAAGAACAUCCCACGGAGCACCGAGCGCCUGGAACUUAAUGGCAACAACAUCACUCGGAUCCAUAAGAACGACUUUGCGGGGCUCAAGCAGCUGCGGGUGCUGCAGUUGAUGGAGAACCAGAUCGGAGUGGUGGAGCGGGGCGCUUUCGAUGACAUGAAGGAGCUGGAAAGGCUGCGACUGAACCGGAACCAACUACACAUGCUACCAGAACUGCUGUUCCAGAACAACCAGGCUCUGUCGAGACUGGACCUGAGUGAGAACAUCAUCCAGGCCAUCCCGAGAAAAGCCUUCCGAGGAGCUACAGACCUAAAAAAUCUACAGCUGGACAAGAACCAGGUCAGCUGCAUUGAGGAAGGGGCUUUCCGGGCUCUUCGGGGGCUGGAGGUGCUGACCCUGAACAACAACAACAUCACCACCAUCCCUGUAUCCAGCUUCAAUCACAUGCCCAAGCUCCGAACCUUCCGCCUGCACUCCAACCACCUGUUCUGUGACUGCCACCUGGCCUGGCUCUCGCAGUGGCUGAGGCAGCGGCCAACCAUCGGGCUGUUCACCCAGUGCUCAGGCCCCGCCAGCCUGCGGGGUCUGAACGUGGCUGAGGUCCAGAAGAGUGAGUUCAGCUGUUCAGGCCAGGGGGAGGCAGGACGUGUGCCCACCUGCACCCUCUCUUCCGGCUCCUGCCCACCCAUGUGCACAUGCAGCAACGGCAUCGUGGACUGUCGCGGCAAAGGCCUCACCGCCAUCCCCGCCAACCUUCCUGAGACCAUGACGGAGAUUCGACUGGAGCUCAAUGGGAUCAAGUCCAUCCCCCCGGGCGCCUUUUCUCCCUACCGGAAACUGCGGAGGAUAGACCUGAGCAACAACCAGAUUGCUGAGAUAGCACCUGACGCCUUCCAGGGCCUCCGCUCCCUGAACUCACUGGUCCUGUAUGGGAACAAGAUCACAGACCUCCCCCGGGGCGUGUUUGGAGGCCUGUACACACUACAACUUCUGCUCCUGAACGCCAACAAGAUCAACUGCAUCCGGCCAGAUGCCUUCCAGGACCUGCAGAAUCUCUCUCUGCUCUCCCUGUAUGACAACAAGAUCCAGAGUCUGGCCAAGGGCACCUUCACGUCCCUGCGGGCCAUCCAGACACUACAUCUGGCCCAGAAUCCUUUCAUCUGCGACUGUAACCUCAAGUGGCUGGCCGACUUUCUACGCACCAACCCCAUCGAGACAAGCGGGGCCCGCUGUGCCAGCCCCCGGCGCCUCGCCAACAAACGUAUUGGGCAAAUCAAGAGCAAGAAGUUCCGGUGCUCAGCCAAGGAGCAGUACUUCAUUCCAGGCACAGAGGACUACCAGCUGAACAGUGAGUGCAACAGCGACGUGGUCUGUCCACAUAAGUGCCGCUGUGAGGCCAGCGUGGUGGAGUGCUCCGGCCUGAAGCUCACCAAGAUCCCCGAGCGCAUCCCCCAGUCCACCGCCGAGUUACGUUUGAACAAUAAUGACAUUUCCAUCCUGGAGGCCACUGGGAUGUUUAAAAAACUUACACAUCUGAAGAAAAUCAACCUGAGCAACAACAAGGUGUCAGAAAUUGAAGAUGGGGCCUUCGAGGGCGCAGCCUCAGUGAGCGAGCUGCACCUAACUGCUAACCAGCUGGAGUCCAUCCGGAGUGGCAUGUUCCGGGGUCUGGACAGCUUGAGGACCCUGAUGCUGAGGAACAAUCGGAUCAGCUGUAUCCACAACGACAGCUUCACAGGUCUGCGCAACGUUCGGCUCCUCUCGCUGUAUGACAACCAGAUUACCACCAUCUCCCCUGGAGCCUUCGACACCCUCCAAUCCCUCUCCACCCUAAAUCUUCUGUCCAACCCUUUCAACUGUAACUGCCAGCUGGCUUGGCUUGGCGACUGGCUGCGGAAAAGGAAGAUUGUGACGGGGAACCCGAGAUGCCAGAACCCAGACUUCUUGCGGCAGAUCCCCCUGCAGGACGUGGCCUUUCCAGACUUCAGGUGUGAAGAAGGUCAAGAUGAUGGGGGCUGCCUGCCCCGCCCACAGUGCCCCCAGGAGUGCACCUGCCUGGACACCGUGGUUCGAUGCAGUAACAAGCACCUCCGGGCCCUGCCUAAGGGCGUCCCUAAGAACGUCACAGAGCUCUAUUUGGAUGGGAACCAGUUCACACUAGUCCCGGGGCAGCUGUCCACUUUCAAGUACCUACAGCUUGUGGACUUGAGUAACAACAAGAUCAGCUCCUUAAGCAAUUCCUCCUUCACCAACAUGAGCCAGCUGACCACUCUGAUCCUCAGCUACAAUGCCCUCCAGUGCAUCCCUCCGCUGGCCUUCCAGGGGCUCCGCUCCCUGCGCCUGCUGUCCCUCCAUGGCAAUGACGUCUCCACCCUCCGAGAGGGCAUCUUUGCAGACGUAACCUCCCUGUCCCACCUGGCCAUUGGCGCCAACCCGCUGUAUUGCGACUGCCACCUCCGCUGGCUGUCUGGCUGGGUGAAGACGGGCUACAAGGAGCCGGGCAUUGCCCGCUGCGCUGGGCCCCCAGACAUGGAGGGCAAGCUGCUCCUCACCACACCAGCCAAGAAGUUUGAAUGCCAAGGUCCCCCCACUCUGGCCAUCCAGGCCAAGUGUGACCCCUGCUUGUCCAGCCCCUGCCAGAACCAGGGCACCUGCCACAACGACCCCCUCGAGAUGUACAGGUGUGCCUGUCCCAGCGGCUACAAGGGCCGAGACUGUGAGGUGUCCCUGGAUGGCUGUUCCAGUGGCCCCUGUGAAAAUGGCGGGACCUGCCAGGCUGGGGAGGGUGAUGAUGCUGGCUUCACGUGCUCCUGUCCUGCUGGCUUUGAGGGACUGACCUGUGCUGUGGACAUGGAUGACUGUGUAGAACACGCCUGUACCAAUGGGGGCACCUGUGUGGAUGGCGUGGGGAACUACACUUGCCAGUGCCCCCUGCAGUAUACGGGAAAGGCCUGUGAACAGCUGGUGGACUUCUGCUCCCCGGAUUUGAACCCAUGUCAGCAUGAGGCCCAGUGUGUAGGCACUCCAGAUGGACCCAGGUGUGAGUGCAUGCCAGGUUACACAGGUGACAACUGCAGUGAGAACCAGGAUGACUGUGUGGACCACCGCUGCCAGAAUGGGGCCCAGUGUGUGGAUGAAGUCAACAGCUAUUCCUGCCUCUGUGCCGAGGGCUACAGCGGACAGCUCUGUGAGAUCCCUCCGAGCCCACCUGCUCCCAGGAGUCCCUGUGAGGGGACUGAGUGCCAGAAUGGGGCCAACUGUGUGAACCAGGGCAGCCGGCCCGUGUGCCAAUGCCUCCCGGGCUUUGGUGGCCCUGAGUGUGAGAAGUUGCUCAGUGUCAACUUCGUGGAUCGGGACACUUACCUUCAGUUCACCGAUCUGCAGAACUGGCCUCGGGCCAACAUCACACUGCAGGUCUCCACGGCUGAGGACAAUGGGAUCCUGCUGUACAAUGGGGACAAUGACCACAUUGCGGUUGAGCUGUACCAGGGCCACGUGCGUGUCAGCUAUGACCCAGGCAGCUAUCCCAGCUCUGCUAUCUACAGUGCUGAGACCAUCAAUGACGGGCAGUUCCACACAGUUGAGUUGGUCACCUUUGACCAGAUGGUGAAUCUCUCUAUUGACGGCGGCAGCCCCAUGACUAUGGACAACUUUGGCAAACACUACACGCUCAACAGCGAAGCCCCCCUCUAUGUGGGAGGGAUGCCUGUGGACGUGAACUCGGCUGCCUUCCGUCUGUGGCAGAUCCUCAAUGGCACCAGCUUCCAUGGUUGUAUACGGAACCUGUACAUCAACAAUGAACUACAGGACUUCACCAAGACACAGAUGAAGCCGGGCGUGGUGCCUGGCUGCGAACCCUGUCGAAAACUCUACUGCCUGCACGGCAUCUGCCAGCCCAACGCCAGUCCAGGACCGGUGUGCCACUGCGAAGCCGGCUGGGGGGGACUGCACUGUGACCAGCCAGCCAACGGCCCCUGCCAUGGCCACAAGUGUGUCCAUGGGAGCUGCAUGCCCCUCGAUGCCCUCUCCUACAGCUGCCAGUGCCAGGAUGGGUACUCGGGGGUCCUGUGUAAUCAGGCCGGGACUCCGGCGGACCCCUGUGGGGGACUGCAGUGCUCCCACGGCCACUGCCAGACUUCAGCCACCAAGGGGGCACACUGCGUGUGUGACCAGGGCUUUUCGGGCCAGCUGUGUGAGCAAGAGUCCGAGUGCCGGGGGGACCCUGUCCGGGACUUUCACCAGGUCCAGAGGGGCUAUGCCAUCUGCCAGACCACGCGGCCGCUGUCGUGGCUCGAGUGCCGGGGCGCGUGCCAGGGCCAGGGCUGCUGCCAGGGCCUGCGGCUGAAGCGGAGGAAGUUCACCUUUGAGUGCAGCGACGGGACCUCUUUUGCAGAGGAGGUGGAGAAGCCCACCAAGUGUGGCUGUGCCCCCUGCGUGUAACCCCGGUGGGACGGGAGUGGGUGGGGGGGCGGGCGAGGGGCGUGGCCGUGGCAGGGCGGAGCUGCGGGCAGCUGGGCUGGGGGCGGGUGGUCGCCAGGGCGGUGCGGGGUCGGAGGGCGCGGCUGCCCUUGGGGGUGGGGGAGUCAGCGCCGCUUUUCACUUGCAGACGGCGCCGCAGCUGGGGGCAGAGGGGGUGGGCGCGGCGCGGCUGCGGACUGCCUUCUCCGGAAGUGCCUUGCACAAAGGCGCUUAAUAA